UUUACGCACGAGGGCUAUUUUUACAUCAGUUGAACCUUUCAGUUCAGUUCAGUCCCAUCGUCUUGCAUACUGAAGAAGCCGAAAUGUAAUAGCUGUCGAGUGCCCUUCAGACAAUAAAAUAAGAAAACGGAGUACUAUUAUAGACAAAGAAAACCCUAAAUUCUACUGUAAAAAAUUUGCUCCAGUCAUCGUUGACAAUGGGGAGGGCAGCACGGAAUCUUAGAGGAAGCAGCCUUAUUUAAAUACCACAAUUUUCCAACCAAUUUUUAAAUAAUUUGAGCAAAUUUCUCGAGUCUUGAUUUGAAGUUGUCAAUGUCUGUGGCCGUCUUCUUUCAGGAUUGUCCGAUCAGCUGUUGAAUUCUUAUCAGAGAUACUUUGCCGGGAAUUUUUUUGCAACUGCUCAUGAAUUUUAACAGAAUUUUGCCCUAAUUUUCAUUGAAUUGAAACCUUCUCUCUUAAGAGUCAGUUCAAAAGAUUGGGCAUGAUUCAUAGAGGGGAAUCAGAGACUCUGAUGAUUAAGAGCAGUUAUUUUACCAUGAUUUUGUGGACUGUGAAUCUUCUCUCUAACCACGCGUGACAGCGUAAAAGGCGUUUCCUCUAAUUUCAAUGGCCUGGUAUCCUUUCCAGGAGCUGGCUAACAUGAAGCCGCUCUUUAUAGGGAUCCAGGCGACUGUUCUCGCUGCUAUACUCCUCACCACGGUGUUUAUUGGGAGGCCUAUUUAUUCAGGGAUUUGGUCUGGUACCCCCUCUUCUACUGAUGCUGGAGUGACACACGUGGAGCAUGUGUCAAAUAUCUCUCAAACAGGAGGAAAUGAAACAAUAGAUAAUUUCUCUGAUAGAGGAACUGAGACUAUACCAAGCUCUUCAAAGUUUCAAAAUAUUUGGGAGAAGGCCAUAUGGGAAUCCCCCCCUGCUGGGUCAAAAAUGCCAGACCUAAAUGAAUUUCAACUGACUAAACAGAUGGUUGCUGAUCGAGCAAAGGACAAUGUCAUCAUUGUAACUUUUGGGAACCAUGCAUUCAUGGACUUCAUACUGACUUGGGUCAAGCACCUUACAGAUCUUGGAGUUUACAAUCUUCUUGUUGGUGCAAUGGAUGUUCAACUAUUAGAGGCUCUAUAUUGGAGGGGCAUUCCAGUUUUUAAUAUGGGCAGUAACAUGAGUACAGUUGAUGUUGGUUGGGGGUCAAAGACAUUUCACAAAAUGGGAAGGGAGAAGGUUUUGCUAAUAAACGCCAUUCUUCCCUUUGGAUAUGAACUAUUGAUGUGUGACACAGACAUGGUUUGGUUAAAGCAGAACCCACUUCCAUAUUUUGCUCGUUUUCCUGGAGCAGAUAUCUUGACAUCCAGUGAUCAAGUGAUUCCUACUGUUGUGGAUGACAAAUUGGCUGAUUGGGAACAAGUAAAUGCUGCCUACAAUAUUGGAAUCUUCCACUGGAGACCUACAGAUGUUAACAAAAAGCUGGCAAAAGAAUGGUUACAUAUGCUUCUAGCAGAUGAUAACGUAUGGGAUCAGAAUGGUUUCAAUGAGCUUCUGCAUAAAACUUUAGGCCCACCUGUAGACAAAGAAAGUGGGCUUGUGUAUGCUUAUGAUGGAACACUUAAACUUGGGAUACUUCCUGCAAGUAUAUUUUGCAGCGGACAUACUUACUUUGUUCAGGCAAUGUACCAGCAACUGAAACUUGAACCAUAUGCAGUGCACACCACUUUCCAGUUUGCAGGAACUGAAGGGAAACGCCACCGAUUACGUGAAGCUAUGCUUUUCUAUGACCAACCAGAGUAUUAUGAUACACCGGGAGGCUUUUUGUCAUUCAAACCAUCUAUUCCUAAGAGCCUGUUGCUAGGUGGUGCGCCUACACUUAAAUCACACUUCUCUCUUGUUAACUACCAAAUAAAGCAAGUAAGGACCGCACUUGCCAUUGCUUCAUUGUUGAAUCGAACACUGGUCAUGCCUCCAUUAUGGUGUAGAUUGGACAGGCUCUGGUUUGGACAUCCUGGCAUAUUGCCAGGAACAAUGACAAGAACACCAUUUGUUUGCCCCAUGGACCAUGUAUUGGAGGUUAAUGUAAUGUUACAUGGACUACCAGAAGAUGAAUUUGGUCCGGUGAUUGAUUUCAGAGAGUACUCUUUCCUCGACAAUCCCUUAUUGCCCAAACAGGUAAAAGAGUCGAUGCUUGAUGUUGAGCUCUGUGAUGAGGGAUCCUUCAACUGUCAUGCCAAUGAGAAGGAGCAACAUGGUGUGCUCAGAUUUCCUAAGCACAGCAAUGAAGAGACGUUCAAAGCUGUAUUCUCUUCCUACAAGCAUGUAAAAGUAAUACGGUUCUCUUCCAUGCAAGAUGCGUUUCAAGGCUUCAGUGACGAGGGAAGAGAGGAGAAAUUCAGGCAUCGUGUGAAGCGCUAUGUGGGGAUCUGGUGCUGUGUUGAUCAGAAACGGAUCGGCCACAUAUACUAUGACAUGUACUGGGAUGAAAAACCCAAUUGGAAACCAGUUCUCCCUGAAACAGAACAUGAGGACCAUCCAAAUUGGUAGAGCUAUCAGGACAAUUCUCUCUCUCUCUCUCUCUCUCUCUCUCUCUCUCUCUCUCUCUCUCUCCCAUGCGCACCUGUCAAGAGCUAUGUAACUUGGUCAAAGGGAGAUAGAUAGGGAUACGCUGAUUAGGUGUAGCCCCCAUCUGAGAUAUAGUUGUGGAUAUAUAGCUAAUCUUGAUCUCUCUCAAUCUCACAUCAUUCUUCAGGUGAUAGAUAAUUUUAUAUGCUUGAAGCUCUUAUGGAAUCGUGGCUCUUUUGACAUACAUAUUGCCACCAUAUUGUCGUAAAAAAUCCUUACUGUCUCA